AUGCUUUUACGGGCUGGUCGUGCGAACAGGGUCGCCGCGGCUUGCGUCGGGCAACUCCCACGGGCUUCUUACUACUGCCUGCCAAAGCCAGGGCUCUCCUUUACCUCACCCCGUCACUAUUCAAAAACCCCGCCAUUCCAGUACGCUUUUCAAGACAAGCCUUUAAUAAAAAGCGAGGUUACUGCGGAAAUGCAGCCUGGACAGUACACUACCGCCUUUGCUUUGUUUGAAGGCUUAUGGGAGGCUGGCAUCACAACAUGCUUUGUGAACGUUGGUUCUGACCAUCCAUCCAUAAUCGAAGCGAUAAUCAAGGGUAAACGCGAACGGCCCAGCAACUGGCCCCAGUUUGUGACAUGCCCCAGUGAGAUGACGGCAAUUUCCAUGGCCGAUGGCUAUGCUCGCAUAACUGGUAAGCCUCAGGCAGUCAUUGUCCACGUUGACGUUGGGACCCAGGCGAUGGCUCAUGGCGUUCAUAACGCAAGCGUUGGACGUGUUCCAGUCUUCAUCUUCGCCGGCCUCUGUCCAUAUACCGAGUCAGGAGAACUAACGGGUUCUCGUACGGAGUAUAUGCACUGGCUACAGGAGGCCCCUGAUCAAAAGGCCAUUGUGCGUCAAUACUGCAGAUACGUUGGCGAGGUUCACGUUGGACUCAAUGUCAAAGAAACCGUAGGACGCGCUCUUCAGUUUGCUUCCAGCGCCCCUAAAGGUCCUGUGUACAUUGCUGGAGCAAGAGAGGUGAUGGCCCAAGCCAUUGAACCCUACUCUAUCUCGCAAGAAAAGUGGGUUCCUAUUGGACCUAGUGCGCUGCCAGAUGAUGCAGUCCAGACUAUUACUCAGGCCCUCGUGGGUGCUGAGCGCCCUCUUGUGAUUGCUGGGUACUCCGGUCGGGACCGUCGGACUCCAGAACUGUUGGUCCAACUCGCGGACAAAAUCCCCGGUCUUCGGGUUCACGACACUGGCGGAAGUGAUAUGUGUUUCCCAUUCACCCAUCCAGCCUCGUUGGGAUGUCGAUUGGGAUAUGACGAAAGCACCUCAGAUGCCGACGUGGUUUUGAUGCUCGAUUGCGAUGUACCGUGGAUCCCAGCACGAAACCCACCACGCAAAGAUGCCAAAUUUUAUCACAUCGACGUCGAUCCUCUGAAUCAGCAAAUCCCGGUAUCGUUCUUCCCGGCUCAUGGACGGUGGAAAUCCGAAUGCUACACUGCUUUGAAACAGAUGCUGCGAUAUCUGGACAGCGAGUUUUCGACCGAACUUCAGAGUCCCAAGUAUGCUACCCGUAAGGAGGCAUUGAUAGUGCAGCACAAUGAGCGGUUGGAUAAGUUGGACAAGCUUCCACGCCUUGGGGAUAAUGAUACAUUGGAUGGACACAAUAUCGGGCGCCUUCUGAAAGAAUGCCUCCCUGAUGACACAACGUUCGUGGUGGAGGCAGUGACCUGUGGUCAUCUAAUUGAGGAUCAGAUUCAGCCGACUCGUCCUGGGAGCUGGAUCAAUUGUGGCGGUACUGGUAUUGGCUGGAGCAACGGGGCAGCCCUAGGAGUAAGAAUGGCACUCAGUGAUGAAAAGUUCCCUGGCAUAGUGUGUCAAGUCGUUGGUGAUGGAAGUUUCAUGUGUGCAUCGCCGUCAAGUGCCGUAUGGGUCUCAUACAAGCACGAAAUUCCUAUUCUCACGGUCGUCCUCAACAAUGGUGGCUGGAACGCCCCGCGCAAUUCGACGCAGUUGGUGUAUCCUGAUGGACUCAACAAAGGCGCUACUGACGACGAGCUGAACAUCUCCUUUGAGCCAUCUCCGAACUAUUCGAAACUGGCCGAGGCAGCAGCGGCAGAGGCCGGCUGGCUGAAAGGCAUGCGGGGGAAGACAGUCAAAGAGAUGCGCGGCCAGCUCGUCGAGGCGCUCAAGCACGUACAGUCAGGGCGUGGUGCGGUAGUAGAAGCUCUGAUGGAGAACCCGAGAAGACAUCUCCUCGACACACAGAAACAAAAUGCCACCAGCAAGUCACCCUCCCGACAGAAUGUCAAUCUGAUUCUAAUCGAUCCCUCCAAUCUACAGCGCGGCUUCACAAACCCAGCUCCAAAGACAGAAUCCGCGCGCUCAGCACUCAACUCAUUUACCUGCACCCUCUGCAACAAAUCCUACUCUCGCCAUCCCGAAUACGAAGCACACAUCGGCUCGUACGACCACCAGCAUCGCAAACGCCUACAAGACCUAAAACAGCUCUCGCGCGAUCCAAACGCGGCGGAGCGCGCGCGCAAGGCGGAAAAAAAGGCGGACGCGGAGGCCGGGUUGAAAAAGUUGGGUACUACUGCUGCUGGUGGUAGUAAUAAUAAUAAUAAUAAUAAUAACGAUAAUGAUGCGGCCGCGGUGAGAAGUAGUACUGGCGGUGGUGGUGGGUUUAAAAAGGGUGGAUUCAAAAGCUCGUUUACCUCGGUCAAGGGAGGAGCACCAGCAGCACCAGCGGGGGGUAGGAAGAAUGUACUUGGAGAUGACGAGGACGAAGAUGCGGGGUUUGGGGAGACAGAGAAGAAAACCUCAUCUACUGCUGCACCGGCAUUGACCGCACCGAGUGGCAGCACUCAUCGCGCUGGGGACGUCGAAAGUGAUACGGACGAUGAUUAUGGGUACCAGAACGAUGGAGAUGGUGCCUACUACGACCCAUCAAAGCCAACAGGGUGCAAUGCCAGCUGCCCGAGUCUUGUUCCUGCAUGA